CCGGCGCUUGCGUCCAAUGUAGCCAGGCUUUAGAGCACCGCCGCGUCGGCGCAGAAUAUAACAUUUUGGCGACGAGGAUGGGAUAUUUGUUUUAAUAUGUAGCAUUUCCUCUUUUGUAACCCGGGAUUCGGGAGGGGGCUUCACUCCGCGUCGCGGGUCAGUGGUUGAGGAAACCGGCGCGUAACUGUAUUCAUGAAAUGUGUUCCUUUUUGUUCCGGGUGAACGGUAGUCAUAUUUUGCGGAAAGGCCGCGUUUGAUGAGUUUCGGGGGGGAGGCAUUAGGCCUAGGUUUUCAGUACGUUCCAUUUUCAUCGUGAGAUGACUUCGUCAUCUUCGUCUUCGAGCGGCCCAACGGCGUUCCCGCCGCCGGCUGUCUUUUUGGCAGUGCCCGGUCCGCCGAUAGUAGCUUGGCCGGCAUGGAAGCGUGCUUUUCUGACUUUUCUUGACGCGUCGGCGUUGCAUCUCGUAGAACCGUUCCGAAAAAAAGCCAUCCUGUUUUCGCUGUUGGGCACUGAGGGCCAGCGCAUCGUGGAUGCAUUUCAGCUGUACGAGACGGUUGCGGUGGAGGGGACUGACGAGUUCCAGGUUUUUCUGGAGGCAGUCGAGAAGCAUUUUGAGUUUUCGGGUAGUAUCGCGCUUGAACGCCAGAAGCUGCGCGGUUUGUUCCAACGUCCUGGCCAGUCAGUAACUGAGUUUCUUGCCGUGUUGCGCCAUCAGGCUUCGUUUUGUGCUCUGGGGAACGCCCUCGAUGAAAGACUUUGCGAGGUUUUCUUGGAAGGCCUGGAGUCCAGACGCGUUCAGGAUCGCGUUCUGCAGGAGUGCGAGGGCAGCGAGCUGCCAACGCUGUCGCGGGCUAUCCAGAUCGCUCGCCAGUACGAGCAGAGAGCGAAGACGGCCGCAAGUUUUCGGCGGCGAGAGUCGCAAGUCCCGGUCGCGGCAGAAGUCCAGCGUGUCCAGAUCGAGAAACGUCAAACGGCAGCAACACAAGAUGGCGGCCAAGCGUCGUCUUCUUUCAUCGAGCAUGGGCAAGAUGGCUACAGCGGCUACCCUCCCUGGCCUCAACCUGGCUACCCCCCGUCGCAGCUUGGACCCAGGAUGCCUUGGGCUCCGGUGGCCUCCGGUCACGUGCCCCGUUUUCCGGCGAGGGUGUUCCAGCCUCAGCGUGGGCGUGAGCCCGCUCCGCCUCGGACGGGUGGGAUCGGAGCAGACGACGCCUGCUACUUCUGUGGACGCCGCCGUCAUGAUCGGGCGGUUUGCCCGGCGUCUCAAGCGACAUGCUUCUUAUGUGGAAAGUGGGGACACUUUGCAGUGGCGUGUCAGAGUCGUCGCCCGCCGGCGGCUGCCUUCACCUACGAUCGGCGACAGGCAUCGUUCCCGGUUCAAGGCCGUGGUACUCGGCGGACCUUCGCCGACAGACAGUUCAGAGGGGACCGGCCCGGCCGGGUUAACGUGGUCGGCCAGUCGCUGUCUCCUGAGGAGCUGCCAAGCGUUAGGCUGACGGAGGAACCUGUGGUCGUCGGGACGGCCGAGCGACGAGAAGGCGGCAGCAUGCGUCGUGACGCCUUCAUGGCCGAGAUCACGAGAGGAGCGUUCCGUGGCUCUUGGAGAGUGCCUGUCCCAUCAGAGGGGGUGGCCAGCAGCCGCUGCAUUGCCAACCGUGAAGCGUCUGGUGUCCUCGGGCUGAAGGUCAGUCGUCCUACCGUCAGGGGGGUCGCCGUAACGUGCCGGGAGGAGAGCAGUUGCCGACGUUGUCGUCAGCGUCUGCUUGGCCCGGGCUCUCAGUGGCCACCCAGACCUCCUGGGAAGACACCGAUCAUCCACGAUUUUACGCAUGGUAGGGCCUUGGGAGGACCAGUGUUGACAGAGUUCCCCAGCCUUUCCACGGCUGCAUUGUGUAGAUGGAAGUGCCUGCCAGCAGCGCCCACUGUCCACCUCAACUGGGGAAGUGUUUUGCUUUCCUGCUGGGGCCCGAAAACAAGCGGCAAGAAGCACGACGAUUCCCGUAUCACCGGGCCAGGGAUGAGGCCGACAGCGUCGCCGAACCCAGGCACGUUGACGACCCGGCAGAGCAUCCUGACGCCAUCCGGUGUUUUGGCGCUCGAAUGGCCCGGGGAACAGUCUUCGGCACCGCUGCACCGGGUGCGGACCGCCUACGAGGGUCGGAGAUGCUGGAAUCUAUGCCACCGAGUUUACCCACGCUGCCCUCCAAUGACCAGGUUGGGUCCUGUGGGAUCCAAGACCUGAUCAACGUGGAGUUGGACUUGUGAAACAUAGGCUACCAGGGAGGGACAACUUCGGGCCCCUUUCGGCUCUGGUAAGCCUGCUGUCUCUUUUGUUCUACGUAACAGCCUGUGGGCCUUUAUCAUACUUCAGGUCGACUCAACUCGGUUCCAACACCGCUAACGAGCAGUGUCACAUUGAAAGUACAAGUGUAGUCUUCCGUAAUAUUUGUGGGUGGUUGUUUUUUCAAUUUAUGAUAUUAAAGUCGAAUUUGAUAGGCUUAUGAAACUUAGGGCGCACGUGUUUGUUGGCGGACGUGUUAGCGGAUAUGCUGGUUUUUGCCGGCAUUUUACAGAAAUUGUAAAUACAACCUAAUAAACCACCGAGCGUAAAAGAGGAGCGAGGCCGUGCGGGUAAGCAGUAGCAGCACGCUGCCGUUCACAUCACGAAGGUUAAGGCCACCCCUUCGCCGAAAGACGAUCCUGAAGUUUUUCUCCGGAAGCUCGGGUACCGGAGAGUGUUGUAGAUUCUUCUUAACUUCUGAUGGAGCACGUGCGGGGGCGGAAGCCGGUGUAGCGGUGCCGUCUGGUACUCGAGCAGUUGGGGCCGGCUUCGCGGACGAAGUCAAUGGCUGGUUAGGAAUGCCGACGUUGCGGCUUUGAUCACCCACUCCCAUCUUGAGUCAUUGAUGAAAGCUUCGGCGGAGAUUUUUUCCCCCAUAACUCGAUACGGCAUCGACAUGACCAGCCAGGUGGCUCGGCAGGGCUGAGGAGGGCGACUGGUGGCUGUAAGACUAACCGGUUGCACUUGUUGCGGCACUCUGGAAUCGUAAGCCAAACGUUAGGCUUAGCACGGCUACAGCCGGCUCGGAGCGGAUAAUACUUUUCUAUGGCCGAAAAUAGGUAGAUGCUGCUCGAAAAAGGUGGAAAGGGUGCGGGGCACCUUCACUGACCUAUUGGCGAUCUUGCCCCUCGUUCUCCUGGUUCUCUCGCAUAGUGUUUGCUAGCUAGUCCUGGUUUGCCCGUUUUGAGUUUGUUUUACGCUUGGCAUGGUGGACAUAGUUUAAGUUGUGCGCAGUGCCUGGGAAAUGCAACUUUCAGUGGUCAUGGCUGACCUCUGAGGUGACAUCACCGAUGUUGUCAAGUCAAACAUCCUAAGGAAAAUGGUGAAAACGAAAAUGCAAGAACUUCUAAACAUCAACCAGAAAAUCGAGGAAAAGCUGCAGAAGCUCGACUGGACCCUUACUAGCACCUCUUUGGCAAAUGCGCCUUUCCUAGGUAUCGUGCAGUAAAGAAUUUUCUCUGUGCACUUCAAAACAUUGUUAUAUUGUAAAUUUGCAAGAUCGAGUGUUGGGGGAUCCUUGAAAAUAUCUUUACAUGCCCCUAAAACUCCUUGAAAACCCUUGAAUGUGUUUCUUUGAAUCCUGUGCAAACCCUGACUUGGCCUGAAGAAUUGUGCAAGCACAAUCGGUCGCAGGAUGUGGUUGAACUCUGAUGCCUUUGGCAUCGGUGGCUUGAGCUGUAUUGUGCUGGUGAGGUGAUCCUGUCAAUGUUAAGUAAAAACAUUCUAUAAAAUAUGGUAUGCUUUGUUGGAGGUUUUCUUUUCUUUUAACCUUUAUUUGUGCAGUCAUAUAAAAAUUUAACUAAAAUUAUACAAUGGUUUCUCAAGUCCGCAUAGAGUAUGGUUUAGAGUGUCCUGUGGUGGAGCGUAGAUAUUGAUUAGGAUGCAGUCGAUUGUUUCGGACGAUAGGCGAACAGCUAUAUAGUCUCUUUGGAUAGAUUCUGUGUAUCUAUCGAACGCUUUAGGAUGGAUAAUUCUGGCUACUCUUGGUUUGGUCGGUUGAGCAAUGAUGGAAUCUGUGAGUGGAAAUCCAAUAAUUUUAUUUUUAAGGUAAUAUGGUUCUUGAAUACAUGUAAUGUGUGAUUCAAGCUGUUGGUUUAUUUUAAGAUGUUCUGAUGCUGUAAAUGAAUGGUUGGCAUUGAUUUGAAUGAAGUUAAUAGAAUUUGCCAUUGCAGGAGAUGUGUCUAGUCUGAUUAGGAUCUCUUAUGCGUCUGGUUAAGUAAAUUUGAAGAUUUGGUAAGUUCUAAUUGGCUCCUCUUUUCCCCUCUCGUUUCCCCCUUCCCGUCGCUCUGUUCCGAAUUAGGUGUAUUGUAUUUUUUGUUUUAACCUCUUCAUUUGAAUCUUGUGGUGUUCACAGCACUGGCUGUCGAAACUGUGUUCGAUGUUGUGCGUGGUUCCCCACUCACUGUUACUUUCUAUGCAUGUAGCACAGCGCCUGACAGGAUCUCCACAUUGGGCUGCCAUGUGUUCUCCUGCACACUGUACAGCACUCUCGGUUUUCGGACGCCCUUGUAGGAUGUCCAUAGCUUGCAGAUCUGUUACAUUUUGUAAUGUGUAGGUUUUCUCGGAUAGGGCACACUGUCCACCCAAUGAUAAUCUCUUCCCUGUUCUUUAGUUGUUGGAAGACGGGGGGAGUUACCUCAACUAUGACAGCGUUGUUGCCGUUUUUCUGGAUGUAGGCCUCGGUGACAGUUAUGUCCUCACAGUCUCCCUCUAUUUUGUUGUGCUCGAGAAUUCCUCCUCUGCUGUCAUGUCUGGUUCGACCUCGCCGAUUGAGAGCGGGGAAUAUCUUCUGAAUGGUCUCUUGACCUCGUAGAUCUGUGAUAUAUUUUGUUUUGUUUAGUUCUUGUUCUAAUUUGCAAAUCCCCUUUUCGCUUGUGCUGAGUUAACGCACCUGGCCACCAAAUCUCCCGAAAUAACAAGACAUUUUGAAAUUUCGCGCAACGUGGUUUGAAAGACUAAAAGUAGGGAUAUUUUUUUUGUUUCUCAAUACUUUUCUUUUUGCGCCUCAUACACAAAUAUAUAGCUUUAGGAGAAUGAGAAAAUAUAUAGCUAUCUGUUUAGAAAGUAGCUGUUACUUUUUUGUUUGCAAUGAAACAGAUUGAGGAAAACAAACUUUGUAGUGUUUUCUUCAAUGUUUCAAGUUUGCUGUAGCUUGCGUGCGUAUUCGGGUAUCCCAGCCCCAACACUUUAAUUGCUGCACACAGCUGCAAAUAACAGAAUAUAAAUUUGUACUUCAUAUUACUCAUGUGGCGUCGAUCCUUGAAUUAGGGAAUGCAACAGGUGCUUGGAGUCGGUGACACUUGUCAUUCUAAUGGUAUCCAGAGGGCAAAGGGAAGAUGUGAGCAUUUCCGUCACUUCCGCUUUCACUGAAUUGAGAGCACUCAGAGACCAACACAUCAUCUAAGAAGGAUCCAGCGUGCCUUCGAGCCAGAGGCGAGAGGCUCUUCUGAAUCAAGGUCAGGGGAGAGGAGCGAUGAUGCGAGUUCACCAUAAGCUAAAUCAUUUGAUUGAACCACCUUGUUUGUAUUCAUAUCCACUGUGCCACAGAACUAAUAAAUAAGGAUAAACUUCCAACAGCUUGCCUGCAUACUUCAUGUAUAUUCAUAGACUUGCUGUACUCUAACAAUUGUACUCGGAUGCAUACUUGGGUCUCGAGUUUUCUAUUAGUAGAAAAUGUUAUUCAACAGAACUUAAAAGGGCCCCUAAAAUUAUAAAAGAAGAUUUUUUUAAAACAAUCUG